CUCGUGCAGCCACAUCUAUGCUCAAGCUUCCAACUAGAGGAUAUGUAGAAGUUGCAUCCACCUUCAGAUCGGGUCGCUGGUGUCUGUCGCCAGCGCGAAGAAGCUUUUUCAUAAUUGGAUUGGAAUCUCUGUGUGAGGGCAAGUAUGAAGAGAAAGCAGGAGGAAGAAGAUGGAGACGCCAUCGCUAAUUGCUUGGACUCUAGUGCGGGGGCCGUUCGAGUGAAACCACGCAAUAGUGUUGGUGGCCAUGGCGAUGGCAUUAUGGAUCGAGGGGGGGGAAAGGCGGCGGAGAAGAUGACAACGGUUAUGCCGGGGGAAGCGCAAACUGCCGUCAUCGCCGGCGGCGGCGGCGCCGCCGGGGCGGCGAUUGUAAAUGGCAACGACGAUGGCGGCGGCGGGGGGGGGGAAUUGCAAUCGACGACGGAUCCAACGCGAUCUUCGACGGGACAGGAUGCGGAGCGUACGUGCACGCAUGACGUGGUAUUUCCUGAGGGUUAUGUGGCCCCCCCGCCAAAACCCCCAUCUAAGGAACCGGCCAAAAAGUACCCUUUUACUCUCGAUCCGUUCCAGAGAGAGGCCAUUAAGUGUUUGGAGGCAGAAGAAUCCGUCAUGGUGUCUGCACACACGUCAGCAGGAAAGACAGUUGUGGCCGAGUACGCCAUUGCAAUGUCGCUGCGAAACAAUCAAAGGGUGGUAUACACGUCACCAAUCAAGGCGCUGAGCAACCAGAAGUACAGAGAAAUGUGUUCCGAGUUUAUGGAUGUGGGGUUAAUGACAGGAGAUGUCACAAUAUCACCAGAAGCUUCUUGUUUGGUAAUGACAACAGAGAUUUUACGGAGCAUGCUGUAUAACGGGUCUGCACUGUUAAGGGAAAUUGCCUGGAUCAUAUUUGACGAAGUGCACUAUCUACGUGAUAAGGAACGGGGAGUUGUGUGGGAGGAGAGUAUUGUCAUGGCUCCCAAGAAUGCGCGAUUUGUCUUUCUGUCUGCUACAGUUCCAAAUGCUCGCGAGUUUGCCGAGUGGGUUGCAAAGGUUCAUGGGCAGCCCUGCCACAUUGUGUACACAGAUUUCCGGCCCACCCCUCUGCAGCAUUACAUUUUUCCGUCAGGUGGAGAUGGACUGUACUUGGUUGUCGAUGAGAAGGGGACGUUCAGAGAAGACAAUUUCCACAAGGCUAUCGUGGCCAUGGGAGCCAACGGGGCAAGGAAGGAGGGUGAGCGGCGGAACGGUAAGGAGCAGAAAGUGGCCUUCGAUGAGAAAAGCGAUAUUUUCAAGAUAACGAAGAUGAUCAUGCAGCGGCAAUAUGACCCUGUGAUUGUUUUCAGCUUCAGCAAGAAGGAUUGCGAAGCGCUGGCCACACAGAUGUCGAAGUUGGAUUUGAACGACCAGGAUGAGAAGAAGCUCGUGGAAGGAAUCUUCUGGAAUGCGAUGGACAUAUUGUCAGAAGAUGACAAAAAGCUGCCGCAGGUGACGACAAUGCUUCCCUUGCUGAGAAGGGGUAUUGGCAUUCAUCACUCAGGGCUUCUGCCAAUCCUUAAAGAGGUUAUAGAAAUCCUCUUUCAGGAAGGUCUCCUCAAGAUGCGGUGCUGGAUUAGUAUGUACUUUCGAAGGGAGGCAUGCAGCGCAUUCUACUUGAACUACACACUGGUCCUUAAUCAACUGCGAUGCGAGGAAAGCGACCCUGAGAAGCUCAUCAGGCAAAGUUACCGGCAGUUCCAAGCGGAUAGGGGUCUACCUGCGCUGAAGCGGAAGAUUGAGGAAAUGGAAGAGGAGCUGUCCAAUUUUGCAAUUCAAGAAGAAGCUGAAGUGAAGGAAUAUUACACUUUGAGGGAACAGGAGAGGAAAUUGAAACAGGACAUCCGGGAUGUGGUUUUGGCCCCGAAGAAUGCGCUCCCAUUCCUGCAACCGGGGCGAAUUGCACGCAUAUACGUUGAUCACAAUGCAGUGAAGGAUGCGAGAGAGAUUCCCGGCGAAGAAAGCACAGCAUGGGGAGUCAUUGUAAAUUUUGAGAAGAAUCCGACCAAGCAGCAGAAGCAGGAAGAUGCGCAAGAUGGAGCUAUGGUUCUAGCGAGUAGCCAGCAAUAUAUAGUGGAUAUGGUGGUGCACUGUGCACUUGAUGGGGGCGAUAGCGAUACUCGGAGCGGAAGAAAGAAAAUCGCAAAACCGGUUCCUCAUGGCCAGAAGGGUGAGCCGGUUGUUGUUGCUCUUCCUUUGUCUCAGAUUGAAGCGUUGAGCUCGGUGCGUGUAUAUAUUCCCAAGGAUCUUAGGCCAUUGGAAAACCGGGAGCAUGUGUCGAAGAUUUUGCGAGAGGUCUUUCAGCGGUUCCCGAAUGGUUUGCAGUUGCUUGACCCUGAGGAAGAUAUGCAGGUUGAUGCAAAAGUGUACAGAAAAGCAGUUCGGAGAUUGGAAAUGGUUGAAGGAAUGUUGGCUGGGCACCGUCUUUCUUCUUCGCCUACACUAAGGAAGAGGCUUCGGCAAGUUAUGGAAAAAGAGGAUUUGGAAAAGAGGAUCAAACUGGCGAAACGUGAGCUCCGAUCUGUGCAGACGUUGAUUCUGAACGAUGAGCUCAAGGCCAGGAAGCGGGUACUUCGCCGGCUAGGGUAUACGAACUCAGAUGACAUUGUGCAAUUGAAAGGACGAGUAGCUUGUGAGAUAUCAUCUGCAGAUGAGCUGGUGGUCACGGAGCUCAUAUUCAACGGCGUGUUUAAGGACUUGACAGUUGAUCAGAUUGUUGCGAUGAUCAGCUGUUUUGUAUGGCGAGAGAGAAGCAGUUCUGCCUCUGGAAGAUUACCUAGGUUGAGGGAUGAGCUGGCUGUUCCAUUGAAUCUUCUGAGAGACUCUGCACGCAGAGUAGGGAAGGUGGCGGCGGAGUGCAAGAUAAUGAAACUAACAGAGGCAUUUGAAGGAAGCUUGAUCCGGGCAUUCAGAAGAGUAGAGGAGGUGCUUGGCCAGAUGGCAGCUGCGUCAAAGUCCUUUGGAGAGACUGAACUUCAGGCUAAGUUUGAAUUAGCCUCGGCUCAAAUCAAGCGCGACAUUGUGUUUGCGGCGUCUUUGUACUUGUAGUAGUAGUUUGAGAUUGUCAUGACGAUUAUUGUCUUCGGAAAAGAAUCCGAACACAGUUUUGUUCCUCUUCUCUUAAUUCUGAAGUUGCUAAAUUUGAGUUGUCAUGGUUCUGGAAUCAUUCAUAUGUGUCCUAUAUGGCUUCUCUGAAUCCCCUGCCAUACCCUCUCCCAUCCCUUCGGCGGUGUGGUCGUCUGCAUUGUGACUCAGCAGCACGCGGGAGUGCGAUAGGCCCGGUGCUGGUGGCCGUCUGCGAAAGCCAGGGGGAACUAUCGCACUUAGGGGGCCGCAGUAACCGUCUCUGUAUCGUCUGCACACGAAUAG